GCAGUUCUCAAUGGGAGAGUGGCAGAGGCGGCCAUGGAGAGGCCACCAGCCUACGCGGAGCCCUGUCCGGCCCUGCCUCACUCCCAGGACAGAGAGAGAGUCUCCGAGAAAGCCCAGGACUCCAACCCCAAUGGCUCGGCUGAGUGCCGCCGUGUCAAAGACGGAACCACUUGCAAGGCCGUGACUGGCACCCCUUCCAAGGGGGAGUUCAAAGCACUUACAGCCGGGCAGCACUGUGCAACAAAGGGUGUGAGAAACCUUUCUGUCCAACCCUGCUCAUCAGUCUCCAAGGGAAGUCUGCCAUUAUCCAAAGGAAAUGACGUGGAUCGGUGCCCACCCAAACAGAGCAGGUGCAACAAACUCAAAGAACCAGGACCCGAUUUGGACAGUAACCAUUUGGAAUAUCGAAAGACGGAGUCCAAUCCGAUUAACCCAAGUCACUCUCUCCUGAAGGACCAGGUUUGCUCCUUUCCCAGGUCUUGCUUGAAAACUCCGCUCAAUCCUAAGCAGUCCAGCAUCUCCCAUCGAACUGACCAAUUGCAGCCCUGCACUUCAGCAGCGGACACACUCGAAACGACCCAGGUUAAAAGCGAGCCAUUGCAGCCACUCUCAAGGUCUCCUGUCCAGUCAGGAGAACGUGCCAACCGGGACAGCCAAUCAGGGCUCUCACUGCACCCUGAAAACCGACUGGAACUGGUGCCCAGUGGCAGAAACCCUCAGGCCAAUGUGACGGAGAUGGCCAGUGUGGCAGGGAACCAGGGGCCAAAGUCAGGACGGACCACUCAGUAUGAAAUCACUUCCCUCCAGUCCAGAUUGCAGAACAUGGAGGAUGUCCUACAGACCAGCCAGCAGACCAUUAAGGUUCUACUGGAUGUCAUUCAAGAUCUGGAGAAGAAGGAAGCUGUCAGAGAUGGGAGACAAUCUUACCACACUGGACAGGACAUUGCGAACUGUGGGACGUGUCGGGACUGUGCCUGCAUCAUCUACAGUGUGGAACAUGAUUUCAGACAACAAGAAGGCAGAUUUCAUAGAGUCCUGAGCUCCCUGGAAACGGAGGCAGGUCAAAGCUCAGAGCAACCUGCCACACCCAGUAAGCAGGACGAGUCACCAACGCCACGGCAGCCUACUAGGACAGAACCAAAAAAAUCUAAAAGGAAAUGCUUUUGGUUCUUAUGAACUCCGGAACUUAUCACGUACAGACUGGAUAAGCCAAUGCAGAAGUCAACUUCCUGUUUCCCAUCUGACUACUUCCUGCUUUGGGG